AAUCGCGUGCCGCCGUGAAGUUCAAACGCGGAAGGCGACGACGGUUUGAGUUGGCGCGGCACUGCGGGUGGAAAUCAACGCGGGAGCGGCGGCGGCGGCGGCGUCUUCGUCUACGCUCCGUGAUGUCGGCAGCGUUGCAGGGAGUCGGGGCGGUUUGUUCGGGUCGGCGGGCAUGGCGGGGAUGGCGGGGCGGCCACCGCGUGCUGGAGGAGCCCGAGGCCGAGGAGGCUACCCGGCGCAGCCCUCGCAGCCCCGCGCCUCUCCGUACGCCGCUUCGCCCCGUGCAGAGCGCGGCCGCGGAGCAGCGGCGAGGACGCGGAGGAGGCCUCGCGGGUCUCGCGCAGACUCUGCACAAGGCGUAUCAAGGCAGAAAGAACUGGCACGCCCUGGAGCCAGACUCCCCAUGUCCACCCACAACCUGCACUCCGGGAGGACUGCGUGCGGGCCCAUGUAGGACCUCCGCAGGCAGAAGCAGCCCAGCAGGACGCGGCCCCAGGAAGGGCACGGGCAGGGCCACCCGCUCUCCCCGGCAGGGCUGCCUAUCCUCUCGCAAGACGGACCAAGGGCUUGGUGUGAGCCAGCGACCCAUCCGGGCAGCUGCAUUGCGCAGUCCUUACUGCUCUCCUGUUGGUUCGUCGGUGAAAAGAAGUAUCCUUGCUCGAAGGGGCAAUUUUAUGACUCCUCGGCGAUUUCAACAAGAGCUUGACCACGUGGCCAGUGGGAUACGCAACCUCAAGAACGUCUCCAAGUCGUUUGAUGAUUGCAUUGAAGAGGAUGAGAGUGAUUUGAUUCCUAUAUGUAUCCCAGAAUGAAGAAUCAGGCGAGCGGCACAGGAGCAGUACUGGCAACUGAUGGUCUCAAACUUGUGCGCGACAACCGGGAGGCACUCUUGUGGUUUCAAACGUACAUCUCUGCACCGCUUCUCCGCUCGUCUUCAUUCACUGGGCAGCCUCGCGAACAAUGUGAUCACCCAAAGAGGGAAAAAAACAUAAAUAAUGUGACCGAUGUGUUUUGCCGAUGAGAACAAAAUUAACACCAAGGCGUUGCUUUUGCAACUCUUAUGUACGUAGCCGAGUUAUGUAUGCAAACAUUUUAUCAGUGCUUUCUUAAACUGCUGAACUGAACAAAAAGUUUCGUAUUGUAGCGAUUCUUAAGAGGUCAAACACUAGUAUAUUGAUGCUUUUAUAACUGAAUAGUAAGCAUUGUUUUUAUGUCGACUAUAUGCAUUCUACUGCUAAAAUGUAUAAACCAUACAGUGCUGUUAUACUAUGCCAUGACUUAUGGUGAUAGAUGCUGAAACUAUCUCACAAACAUGUUACCUAUAUAUGCAAUAUGUGCACACUACCUGUUAGCUUACAAAGUUGAAGAGACAGCUCGUGCUUAUUCCAAAUCUUGUUUUUUAUAUGUAAGGGGCAUUUGCUAUACAUUUCCUAUUCUGUG